AUGAGUUCCUAUUUCGUUAACUCAACUUUCCCCGUCUCUCUGCCGGGAGGACAGGACUCUCUCCUGGGUCAGAUACCGCUCUACUCCUCGGGAUACACCGAUCCGUUAAGGCACUACUCCAACGCGGCGACAUAUGGAGCCGCCAACAUGCAGGAGAAGGUUUACCCGGCAACCUACUACCAGCAGACGGGCGCGGCGGCCGCGGCCAUCUACGGCCGCGCCGGCGGCGCUGCGCCCUGCGACUACAACCCGGUCGGGACUUUCUACAAGGACGCGGAGGGCUCGUGCGCCUUCUCCAGCCGCGAGGACCAGCCUCUGUUCGUGACGCAGGAGCACCAGCCGCGCAAAGCCGAGUGCCCGGAGCAGAGCGUCAUGGGCGGCAGCCUGGACGACAAGUCGUCGGCGCUCAUCUACCCGUGGAUGCAGAGGAUGAACGCCUGCUCCGCCGGCCCAUUUGGCAGCAGCGGCCGCAGGGGCCGACAGACCUACACCCGCUACCAGACUCUGGAGCUGGAGAAGGAGUUCCACUUCAACCGCUACCUGACCAGGAGGCGCCGGAUAGAGAUCUCCCACGCCCUGUGCCUGACGGAGAGACAGAUCAAAAUCUGGUUUCAGAACCGCAGGAUGAAGUGGAAAAAGGAGAACAAACUCCUGAACCCCUCAAAGACGCCCGAGGAGGAGGAGCAGGCUGAGAAAAAGAGCUAAAGGGACAAUGAAACCAACGGCAUGUCUGUGUGUGUGUGUGUGUGUGUGUGUGUGUGCGUGCGCGAGAGAGUGAGUGUGUGUUUAUGUGCACACACCCAAAAUAAAACGAUGUAUAAUUCAUUUGUAGAUAUGAUGUGCUGCAAACUCCGUUAGAGACGUGUGUGGUACUGUCCCUCCUCUGUUUGUCCUUGUGCUCGUGUGUUUAUUUAGGGGACUCUCUAAAAAAAUAAAAAUAAAAAAAGAAGAAAAAAAAUCCGUCAAAAUGUAAAUAAAAUUCAGUGUUUGGUUUCAACAAUGUUAAAAAUGUCUUUUUUUUAAUUUAAUCCUCAUGACGUUUGAAGGGGUUUGUCCUUUAUCGUGUAGUUGCUCUGUGACUCUGUGAUAGUUUAGGCUCGUUGUUUACAGCUGUGCCUCUAACACUCCCAUUUG